AUGGCCGUGCCGGCACGCAAAGUAAAGUUCGUCGCGUCUGAUCCCGCCCGCGGCGGUUUGCCCGUGAAACGACGACAGGUCCAGCAGGCCUGUCUGUCGUGCAGGCGCAAGAAGCGAAAAUGCAACCAUGCGGAAGAUGCCAUGGUUGAUGACGCUUCCCUCGAAGACCACAAAGGCCUGCUGGAAACGUCCCCUUCUCAAUCCUCAUCAUCUCUCACGCCUUCAGUCCGCAUGAGGCCGCUUGGCGGGGAGGACGCCGCGACACCAGCCGGCAGAACUGGUCUAAACACUCAUUCAUCACCCGUCUCGCGGCGGCCCCUCCCAGGAGGCUUCAACCAUGGCGAAACGCAAGCAAAUACGCCUGCAGCACACAUCGCGCAGGACAUUGCCGCGCGACCGCAGUCGUCACGCUUUGUGGGCGACUUGAACCCAGAGGGCAUGUUCAUGGAAGCUGCAGUUCCCAGUGUGACCCGUGCCUCAUCACAGAAAGGAGAUGUGGGCAUAUGGUUUCCCGCAGCUACUACUGGACAGCCAUCCCAGUUCAUCACCUCGCGCCCUCCACCUGUCAUGGACAGCUUUAUGCUCCCGUUUGUACGAGAGCAUUGCCUGUCCUGCCUGCCCCCUGAAGAGGAUUAUGCCCGGUUGAAAGCACUGUUUUUGCAACGAGUUCACCCCAUCUUUCCCGUCAUCCCCGAGGCCGCCCUCAGUGGACCUACAGACAGCCCUUCCAGCAUCGUCCUACGGCAACUUGCUUGUUUGGCAGCCAGUUCUGAUCCACAGGCGACUCCAUAUCUGCGUCUGAAGAAUAAGGGCCUCAGCCCGCUGCGGCCCUCCGAAUUCUCCAGCGCAUUGUCUUCCUCGGUCCGUGCCAUUUUGGAAACAAGCAUUAUUCCCGACAGAGUGGUACACAUACAAGCGCUCACCAUGCUAUCCCUCUAUACUCAGCCUACCUGCGCGGAAGAGUCCGACUUACCGGCUCAGCUUGGGGGUAGGGCAAUCCACCACAUCCAAACUUUGGGGUUACACCUUCUUAGAUAUGAUGGGCCGAAUUUUGGUGAAUUGGAAAAUCUCUUUUGCGCAGUUUGGGCCCUGGAUAGGAUAAAUGCCGCCAUGUAUGGACGACCGUGCCUGAUCCAUGAGAGAGAUAUUGGGGCGGAUCUCGACGCUUGUAUCAAGAAACGCCAGCCUGCCUUCCGGCUUCUGCUAUCCGUGGCACAAUGGCUGGAUAAAGUCGUGGAGCUGUAUCGCCCUGGCCCUAGUGCGCAAGUGUCCGGCUUUGAUAAAGUCGCAUACAUUGAUCUACCCGUUCUUGAAGCAAUGAUUGUGGACGCAGAUGCCUUGAAAGUCCCAACAUCUCUCAUUGCUACUAUUGAAACGUUUUAUCAUGCCGUGAUAAUACUAUCGUGCCGGCUUCCCCGGCCAGGAACAAUCAUCGCAGCCUCGACAUUGCCACCCCCAUCUGCCAAUGCCCGCCGUUCACUUGCAGCCGAGCGCAUCGCGUGCGCAGUAGAAAGGGACUGCCUAAGCUCUCUUCCAUUUAUUCCCUACGCAGUGUCGCUCGCUCUCAGCGUCGAGUAUCGAAAGAUGAGGCACAGCCGGUUGCCCAUGUUCCGCACGCGAGCAAUGAACGCCUUCAAAAGAAACUGCGACCUCCUUCGAUCUUAUAGCGAACAUUACUGGAGCGCUCGAGUUGUCGCUGGGCUUGGAGAUGGCGUAUUACGAGAAAUGGAGCGAGCGGCCAACACGUUGGCUAAGGAGCACAGUCCUCAGCCGGCCGAAGUACCGCCAAAGCCCGUAAUGGAUGAUCAAGAUGCGCCAGUUGCUCAAGAUCCGGGUCCUACGCCGUCAGGGGACCCCGUGACGAUGAAUUCUAACCUGGGCUUUGAGAGCGUCAUUGACUUUUCCGUCAUUGACGCGAUUUCGGGUCAGGAUGUGUUUGGGCAUAUUGACCCCAACUUUAACCUAGACGCCGUGGAAGAUGCCUUGGAAGCAAAUCUCGAUAUUGGUCUUCCGCCCAAUUGGGGAGACUGGGGCCAGUUUGCGGCAUGA